GCCGCACUGAGCGUCCGUCACGCGCCCGAGCUCGAUCACCAGCCACAGUCGCGCCGCGUUUUUCCGUAUGUCCAUCACACGGUAGCGUAACACAACGCCAGCACCGCCGUCAACGUCGUCUUCACCAUUACCACUACUACCACCACCACCGCCACCACCGCAGCCACUACUACCAUUAUCUGCACGACGACGACGACAAUCAUUUAACAGCGAUAUCGCGUACGACUGCCUUCGUUUUCCCACACACGUAUCUACAUUAUUUCCCCCCCCCUCCCGCCAUCCCAGGACCCGACGGUGUCCCCCUCCCCCACUCGACCGCUCCCGCGACGACCGUACGACCAUCAACCCUUGACCGACCGCCGGUACCACACACGUACACACGUACGCGGUACUCGAUCGCGACGACGAUCUUUGGCUUUCCACGGAGAUCCGCGGAGAGUACAGCCGACCCGCCCGCAUAUCGCCGUGCGAAACCUGCAGAGCACAGCGACCGCGAUCACCGCCGUCGUGUGAUGUGCACCGGAAGUUGGUGAUCGCGCGCGCGCGGUCGCACGGGGAGUCGCGGCGUGGUCGGUACGCAUAGUCGACGCUCGGUCAAGGUGGAUACGGACGCGGCGCUCGCGACGGCCGACCAGGUCGGACCGGCUGCGGCGGGAGACGGCGGCACAACCGGCGGCAAACUGCACGCGGCAAUCGUAGCGUCGGUCGCGGCGUCGCCGCAGAAGUUGGCCACCACCAUCAGGGGCUUCUGGAACUCGUCCGCGGGUCCGGCUGCCAAUUCGGUUCUGGGUUGGGAUCAAUCAUGGUGAGUUCCAUCAUCGUUUCAUCGGGGGAGGUCGUGUAAUGUGAUAUCAGAACCUUCAUCAUGGAACCAUCAGGGAAUCCACUAUUUCGGUGUUGGAACGCUGUAGGCACGUUCCAAGUGCCACUUAUUAAUUUAGAAGUCAACGAGCUUAAGGAAAUACUAUGGGAGAAGAUUCAAGAGCCAGUUAUUCAAAGAAGACUGAUCCUAGUUAUCGUGUCUAUAGCAUUGUUGUUGGACAACAUGUUAUACAUGGUAAUUGUGCCAAUCAUACCAGAUUAUUUGAGGUAUGUAGAUUCUUGGGGUGAAAUCCCCACGGGAGUAAACUUUACGGAUGAUCCGAUCACUCCACCAUCCCAUCAUGGACAAGAUUCAGCAACUGGAGUCUUAUUUGCAUCCAAAGCAAUUGUACAACUUAUGGUGAAUCCAUUUUCUGGUGCUCUAAUCGAUCGUAUUGGAUAUGAUAUACCAAUGAUGAUUGGCUUAUCCAUUAUGUUCCUAUCCACCUCGAUAUUUGCAUGCGGAAGAAGUUAUUCCGUCCUUUUUAUCGCUAGAAGUCUUCAAGGAGUUGGUUCGGCGUUCGCUGAUACAUCUGGCUUAGCAAUGAUAGCUGAUCGGUUUACCGAAGAGAAUGAAAGAGCGCAAGCAUUAGGAAUUGCAUUAGCAUUCAUCAGUUUCGGUUGUCUAGUAGCACCACCUUUUGGAGGUGCUUUAUAUCAAUUUGCGGGUAAAGAAAUUCCAUUUCUUAUACUAGCAUUUGUUUGUCUCGUUGAUGGCUUAAUGUUACUUCUAGUUAUGAAACCCAUAAAACAACAACUAAAAGAACAAAAACAUUUGAAAAAAGUUCCAACCAUACCCAUAUGGAAACUUUUUAUGGACCCAUAUAUUGCUGUAUGCUCUGGAGCCUUGAUGAUGUCAAAUGUUGCACUCGCAUUUCUAGAACCUACUAUAUCUCUUUGGAUGGAAGAUCACAUUACUCAUGACAACUGGAAAAUGGGGAUGAUAUGGCUACCCGCAUUUUUCCCACACGUGUUUGGUGUAAUACUAACAGUAAAGCUAUCAAAAUUGUUCCCAAACUAUCAAUGGCUUAUGGUGGCUAUUGGAUUAUCUCUUGAAGGCCUUAGUUGCUUAAUAAUUCCUUUCUCAACCUCAUAUAAAGUUCUUAUGAUCCCUAUUUGCAUUAUAUGUUUUGGAAUCGCGUUAGUGGAUACAGCUAUAUUGCCCACCCUUGGGUACAUAGUAGACGUUCGAUACGUUUCAGUUUAUGGUAGCAUUUACGCAAUUGCCGAUAUUUCGUAUUCAUUAGCUUAUGCUAUUGGUCCUAUAGUAGCUGGUGAAGUAGUAGAAAUGAUCGGUUUCACUUGGCUGAAUAUCAUCAUAGCAGUUUCCAAUUUAGCAUAUGCUCCAGCAUUGAUGAGGCUCAGAAAUAUAUAUGACUUCAAGCCGUUCCAGAAUGAAGCCAAUAUACUCAUGGCUGACCCUCCAGAUAAAGAAUAUCAAACGUAUGCUAUGCAAGAACAACCCAUACCAGUUAAUAAUGAGUAUAGUAGAAUGGAAGGACACUCAGAAACUAGUAUGGAUGGUCAUGUAGCAAUUGAAAAUGAAAAUGCCACAUUCCACCAACCUCAAGAUACCAAUCCUUUUAGAAGACCAUCUCAACCAGCACAGGAUAGGAAUCCAUUUAGGCAACAGCAUUAAAAUUAUUAAUCGAGAAAGCUAUUGAUUUUUAUUAAAAUAGAACGUGAGAUGCUUAGUAUCAGACAUUACCGUUUUUAAUUAAUAGUUUCUCGGAAAAAAAGACUUAAUACAAAUUAUAUGUGUAGACUAAGCAAUAUUAUAUCGUGUAGUAGUCGUGUUUAAAAUUAAUGGUGAGCAAACCCUAUUAUGCUAUAUGGUCUAUAUCGUUCCUUAUUUGUUUUUUGGCAAUGAAAUAUUAAUUGAAUGUUAAUGGGAAAUAUGAAUAUUUAGUGUAUUUAUAAUAUUAUUACCUUAUUAUACAUAUUAUGACUAGUAUUCAAUAUAUUUUAAUAUUUCAAACUUUUUACAAUUUGAAAUCAUGUAAUUGAGCAUCUAUUAUAAAUUAGUUAAUAAAUAUCAAUUUUAAUAUACAAAACAAUUAACUUAUAUAGAACAAAAAAAAUUAUAAUUUAAAUUUAUGAGAAAAUGUGUAUUUUCUUCGUUGAAUUCACUUAUUAAAUAACUUAAUUUAACUUUCGGAUCAAAUAUUUGAAUAAAUAUAAAUUGAGCUAGAUAAUUAAUGACGUUCUAUAUCAUCUAAUUAAUUUUUAUUGAAACACCAAAUUAUUAUCAAUUGGAUAAUAUGUUUUAAUGUACCUUGUAUAGAAUUCUCCUAAAAUCUCUUGUAAUACCUACUGAUGAAAUUUGUAUCGCAUAAACUACGGUUACUUAAAAUUAACAUUGUAAUUGUAUUAUCAAUAUUAAAAAACAAUACAUUAAAUAAAUUAAACUGACAAGAAACAUAAAAUAUUACCUAUUAUUAAGUAAUAAUCUUACUUAAACACUAAUUUUUUAAUAAUUCAUUCACCACCACAAAAAAUAUUAAAUGUAUUCAAGAUAUAUUAAUAAUUUACUGACAAUUAUUAUACAUUUACAUUAGGCAAAUUUAUUGUUAAAAUGUAAUCUACGUAUAUAACUAUAUAAGUAAAUUAAUUUUAAAUUACUUUUUUAAAUAUCUAAAUACUAAAUAUUCUUUUUUUAUUGUAUGUGAAUUCAAAAUAGAACGAUCUAAAUUUAAACGACAAAUUCUGAAUAAAAAAAACCAUCAAAAUUUAACCAUUAUAGCAUAAAUUUCUGUUAAGUUAAAUUAUUUAGAUUAUAAUAUUUACCCGUUGUCCAUAAAAUACAAAUUGUUAUUAAUAUUUUGUUAUUUUUGAUAGUCUUAAUAAUAUUGUUAUAGACUAUGAAAAUUAAUAAAAUAUAAUUUAUCACUUUUCAACAUUAACAGUAAAUACACUAAAAUAUAUAAAUAAUUUAUAAAUCUUGCGUACUUUCAUAAUGCUCAAUAAUUAACUGAACAUAUCAACUGCAGUUACAUUUUAAAAGUUUUAACUCUUGAAAUAUAAUAUUAUGCAAGCACAAUUAUGAACACUAAUUACAUAUCCAUGUGAAAAGUCGAGCUUGUAAUAUUAGCUUCACAUAUUAAAUAAUAUAAAAACUAUUAAAUUCAAUCGGUAUAGACUACCUACAACUUAUUUGCCUUAAACAUUUUCAAGUAUCAAUUAAUAUUUAUUAUAUUAUUAUAAUACGAAUCGUACAUUAGUUCAUUAGUAUAUAAGUAAAAUAAUUAGAUAUUAUAAAAUUAUCUUAAGGGGUAACCAAUCAUAUCAACACAUAUCAUUAAAUUCUAAGUUGUAUAUAAAUUAGCAAUACUAAUUAAUAUUAAUAAACAUGUACAAAAAUGUUUAUUUUUAUCAAUUAUUUUUUUUUUUUUUUUUAUAUAUAUUUAUGUUAAAUACAUUUUAAUAUUAUUAUGCCUAUAAUAAUAUUUACACUUAAUUGUGUAAGCAACCAAGUUCAUACAUAUCAUACAACCAAAUUCGAUACAUAUCAUUGGUCGAAAUUAUUGUUAGUUAAGGAUUAUAUGUUAAGCAUUUUAGGUUAAGAAAAAUUAUACAUAGAUUAACGUUUACUUAGAAUAUAUUUAAAUUUACAGUGAACUAUGGUUUCACAUUUUAUUUUAUUUUAAUUUAUUGUCUUUAUCUUGUAAACAAUUUAAAAAAUAAUGUAGAUUCUUAUAAUCGAUGACUUUAGCUAUUCAUCUAUUAUAUCCGUCUCAUAUUUAUAAAUAUAUUUUGCGUAGAGAUGUAGAAUAGGUAUUUCAGUAAUUAUUUUUAAACAAAUGAACAAAUAACGAUGUCAAUGUGUUUUAUGAAAUUAAAUUCCUAAAAUUAUUUUUUCGUAAAUUGUUUGAAACAAUGUUUAUUUCAUUGAAUAUCGAACUUAUUAAGUUGUUACCAAUUUUAUCAGUUUUUUUAUUUUGAUUUAAUUUAAAAAAAUAUUAUUAAUAAGUCCUUCUUAUUCUUUUUUAUUAUGUUUAAUGUUAAAAUAUAUCAAUGAAAACAAUUAUGUAAAAUUUAUCUAAGCAAACACUAAGCAAUUAUAUUUAUUUAUUUUAUAGGACUACUCUGUUUUCCAUUAGUCUAAACAUGUUAGAUAAAAUAAAUCAUAAUUUUUAAUGAAAAUAACUAAUUUGUUUUCAUUAAAAAUAUGAUUGUAAAUAUUAUGGUAAAGUACUAAUGGUAUAUUAUUUUAUAGGUUACUAAUACACUUCUUUGUAUGAAUAAUAUUAUUAUUAUUAUUAUUAUUAUCUAGUUGUUAUUUAAUCUUGUUGAAAUUUAUAACCAUGUCAUUAUUGUAACUAAAUAAAAAAAUAACAGUUAAUACAAUUAUUACACUUGUUUACUGUUAUAAAUUAUAAUCCUAGAGGCUAGCAUGUUAAAGUAAGUAGUAGUAGACUACAAAUUGCUUGUUUCGUGAAAAAUUAGUCAUAAAAAUGUUUUUUGAUCGUGAUUUUAUAUUGUUAUCUGACCUGAAUAAAACAUUAUAUUACAUAAAAAAA